AUGGCCACCCGUGUGGACAUAGACGAGCAUGCAUCACUCUUGCACCGCUCAAGCUAUUACCUGCCUCUUCCACAAGACGACAGGCAAAAGAAAAGAUCCAUCAAACUGUCGGCUGUAGGCUUUGCCCUGCUGUUACUAUGGAAUGUUGGUGGCUCUUGUGUGUACAUGAUUCGCAGUGUAAAUUGUUUCAAAGACAAUUCCACCGUCUAUUUUUGUGAGAAAGGCGCGGCGUUUCCAUAUUCCGAAGAACUGGUGAUAACAUGGCUUGCUACACUCUCCGUUUUCACAAUCGUCGUCAUCUUGGCAUUGCAGAAAGUUCCAGAUUUUCUUGGAUACAAAGCCAUCCUACAUCAGCUGAAAUUUCUUCCCUCUUAUUGGACUCUGAUGAUUCUUUUGUUUGUAUCCUUGACCAGAUACGUCAAGCUCGCUAUAUCCGCCAAAUCCAUCAAUUCCUGGAUGAUAUUGAUGGGUUUGGCUUUUAACUAUAUUCUAAGAACUAUAUUUGUUGGCUACUUGAAUUAUACGCAGUUGAAUUUUCUGAAGCGUCAAUAUCCCAAUUUUAUCUUUGUGUUGUCAAAGCUUUCCGUGCUGGUGUUAUUUGCCAUCUCUCUAAUGAACUUGCUCGCCACCAUUUUGGAACUUACUGUUCAAGUUCAUAAGGUGCAUCGGUCUACGGGAGCACAACGCUCGGUGCAUUUUGAAAUGAUAAAUGAUCUUCUGCGUGACUUUGGUACAACCACUUUCAGAUUCAAAAUGACGAGUUUCUUUUGGCAGAAACUUUUCAUUGAUGAUAAGAAUAUUCUCUCUAACCAAGCACCUUUGCAGUGAUAACAUGGACGAUAGAGCAGUAAAACAGAGAGUGUAUAGAUUGGUGGGAGUGACGGCCUCUCAUCCCAUUUGGUGCAAUUUUCGAUUGAGUGUCGAAAGUAAUCGGAGAUUUGUUUCAACACGCUCUAUGAUUGGUCCAGGAAACUCUCGCUCCCUUCGGAACCAAUCAGAUGCAACUCUAAACCCAAUCGCAACUCGUACCCUCACGUGUUUCCGCGACUUUUGCAGUUUUGCUUUGU